GUUCCACGCAGCCUCUUGGUUAGGGCGCCGCGUCGUUGAGCGAACGUUCCGCAAGGAGUGCAGUGUCUGUCUGUGUGAUUUGUUUCUUAUCCAAUUGAAGAUGUAACCGAGUAGCGUAUGCGCGCGGUGAUGUUUCGUCUAAUAUGCAGUGGGGCAGUGUCUACAUCGUGUGUUUAGCACUGUGUUGCCUGCAAACAACGUCUGAGCCACUACGCUUCUUUGAGGACCAAAGGCAUGGCCGGUUUCGGCGAAGCGACGAAAAGGACGGUCUCGCGCUAUCCAGAGAAAUAUUCAGGAACAUCACUAAGCAACUGCGAGAGAACAUCAAGCGUGAAGGACCGACCGAUAGGAGCGAUCAUUUGUUACAUAGUAAAUUAGAAGACUCCCGUCACUAUGGACAGUAUCAGGGCUACCACCAUCACGAGCACCAUUGGGGCCCCUACUUUGAGGGCGACCUGGGCGAUCCCGAGGGCACGAUGCAAGUGACGGCACAUGUGGGGGCCGAGGCCCUUUUAAAUUGUAGGGUUGGCAUGCUGAAGGAUAAAACAGUAAUGUGGUUGCGGCGUACCACCGAUUCCGCACAAUUGCUCACCGUUGGGAGAUCUCCGUACACCGGUGAUAAUAGGAUAGCUGUCAAGUUCCAGUACCCCAAUAAUUGGAGGCUCAGCAUGAACCCCGUCAAGAGGUCUGAUGCGGGCCUGUAUAUGUGCCAAAUAUCAACACAUCCACCUAAAGCGAUAUUAGCUAAUUUAACUGUUCUGCCUCCAGUUUUAACAAUAAAUGGAGACCAGACUCAUGAACUGAAGGAUAGAUUUUACAAAGCGGGAAGCUCUAUAAAGUUAUCCUGCGUCAUAUCAGAUGAAUACGUAGCCUCACUAACCACUAAGGCGCCCGUAACUACGGCUGCCCCUACCACAACCACGCCUUUAACUACAACUACUGAAAUGACUACAAAGAGGAGCACAAUUUUUAAUAGGAUAGAUUUGAUGAUGAACAAAAGUUGGAGUGUGGAGACCACAACGAUAACUUCAACAGUUAGUGUUAGUACAACUACAAAAAAUAUGCCGGAAUUGAAGACAACGGUAGCCCCUGUGAUAAUGUCAACUGUCCCGACGGUGGUGAAUAACAUUUACGGGAUGGUUUGGAAGAAGCAGGGGAAAGAAUUUAAUGAGAACGUAUCGUGGCGAAAUAUGAGUGCCACAAUCAGCGUCGCAUCGGCGUCGCAGAACGACAGUGGAACAUACACGUGCCACUUACAGAACCAUUCUCAAGUUAUAAUCAACGUUCAUGUUUUGAUUGGUGAAAACCAAGCUGCCGUUCACCACGACACGUGGAACAAGGGGACCUUAUUUUGGCAAAGCCUUUCUCUAAUCUAUCUCUCAAUGAUUCUUAUAUUUGCUACUUGAAAUAGCGGUUACUAUGAGAUUGUUACAAGACUUUGGUUAUUAAAAAUAGUACACGAUUGGUGAUACUAGAGAAUAUUGUAAUAAAAUACUACACUGCGUUUUCGGAAUAUUGUAUUGUAUGUUUAGUAGAACGGAUAAAAGAUUACUUUGAAAUUAUUAUUUUUUUAUUUCAAAAUUGUAAACAAACUAUACUAUAUAUACUAUAUAAUGUAAGUAAAAAUGGUUAAAAAUAGCAGGAAGCUUGAAGAGAGACACGUUGGUGUAAUUGGUGUAAAUACAUAAUAAUUGGUGUAAAAUACAUAAAAUGUACCCACCUUUGUAUUACUUAUCGAGACAUUCCAGUGUGCUUCAAAUAUAGUUUAUAUAUUAAGAUGAACAGUUGAAAACAGAGUUUGGAUACUUUUCUUGCCACAUCCUAUCAUCACGCGAGUUUAAUUUAAACUAGAAUAUAUAUAAAUAGAGUUAGACCAAGACAAGUCUGCGACAAUUUUGAUAGCACACGCAUUGCAAGUAUUUUGUGAAAUUGUGACGUAUAAGUAACACUUGCACUGCGUAUGCUAUCAAAAUCGUUCCAGAUUUUUCUUGGUCUAACUCUACCGAUAUUUUGUUAUACCUAACACCUAUUUCAUUUAAGUAAAAAGGUACAUUCGAAUGGUUAAACACAUGUUUGUUUAAAGGACAAUACUUGCAUGAAUAACCAUUUUUAACCGACUUAAAAAAGGGUUCCAAUUUGUCAGAAUCCUAUUAUGUUUAAAAAUUAUCAUAAACUGUCAAAAGUUCAAGUGUUUACCUGACUUUGAUCAUAAUAAUUAUAUUUUGAAUUGAAAAUUACAGAAACUGUGAUUAGCUAUAUAAUCAUUGUUAUCAUAAGAAAAAAUAUGCUCGUUAAUAUAACCACGUAGACUGUAAAUAAUGGGUUUUAUUCUCUACUAGAAUUAUUUUCUAUGUAAAGACAUAACAUAAGAGCGUAUGCGUAUGCGUAUAUCUCAAUGUUAUAUUUGAGCGUUUUCCAAAACAAAUGUACAUUUCAUUCGUGUCUUCGAAUUAUUGACUUCUUGGGCUCAUUUUACUCAGAAUCAUUCUGUACAUUCACGUCUCAUACAUGAAAAAAGCGGCCAAGUGCGAGUCGGACUCGCCCAUGAAGGGUUCCGUAGCAGCAAGUAACAUAAUAAAAUUGCGGUUUACGGUUUAUGACGUAUUAAAAAAAAACGACUUACUAGAUCUCGUUCAAACCAAUUUUCGGUGGAAGUUUGCAUGGAAAUGUACAUCAUAUAUUUUUUUAGUUUUAUAUUUCUCUUAUUUUAGAAGUUACAGGGGGGGGGACACACAUUUUACCACUUUGGAAGUGGCUCUCGCGCAUACUAUUCAGUUUAGAAAAAAAUUAUAUCAGAAACCGCAAUAUCAUUUUUGAAGACCUAUCCAUAGAUAACCCACACGUAUGGGUUUGAUGAAAAAAAAAAUUGAGUUUCAGUUCUAACCCCCCAAAAUUUAUUGUUUUUUUUUCUACUUUUGUGUGAAAAUCUUAAUGCCGUUCACAGAAUACAUCUAUUUACCAAGUUUCAACAGUAUAGUUCUUAUAGUUUCGGAAAAAAGUGGCUGUGACAUACACGGACAGACAGACAGACGGACAGACAUGACGAAUCCAUAAGGGUUCCGUUUUUUGCCAUUUGGCUACGGAACCCUAAAAAUGUGUCCAAAAAUUUUGUAAGAAAAAAUAUUUUUCCAGCGCGUCACGUUCAUACAAAUAAAAAACUUUUCAUACAAAAAUGUGACGAUCUGGAAAGGAAAUCUUGGGACACAUUUUUUUAUGUAUGAGGCGUGAAUGUACAAAAUGAUUCUGAGUAAAAUGAACCGAAAAAGUCAAUAUUUUGAAGACAUGAAUGAAAUGUAAAUUUUUCUUGGAAAACGCUAAUUUGUAGGUUAAAUAGAUAAUCACUUCAUCGUGUAUUUACUUAACGUAAGUGUACAGUUAAAAACGAUUGAACUGUUGUGAUUCAGGACUAGAUCUUAUCUGUAUUAUUAACGAUCAUAGACGGCAAAGCCAUUUAGCUCUUUUAUUCAAGUAUUUUAAUGUUGUUGCACAAUUAUGUUAACCAACACUGAAAUUCUCUUUUUGAACAGAAACAAGGCGAAUAAGGUUAAAUAACUGUAAAAUCUAAUAAAUAAAUCGAUUAAUGAUA